CAAUUCAAACUGGGCAUACUGAAGAGCUUUAUGAAUUACAUCAACAGUUUAUAAAUAAGAUAGAAAAACAACUUGCAAAACAAGAAGAGUGUGUUUUACAAUCAGAUGAUGAGUUUAAUUAUAAAACAAUCAACAAUCUACUAAAACCACGAACAAAGAGGCAGAAGUAUCAUAAAUGUAUAGCAGCAUUCAAUGAUG